GUGACCCUAGUCGUGCUUCUGCAAGCUGCGCUAAUACUCAGCAAAGCGGUGGAACCAUUGCAACAACAACAACAACAACAGAAUAAACAAAUUGUUCAAACGCAACAAGUUGCUGAAAAACGUGUUGGUUAUGAUUACGCUCCUCAGGUCGAGGAGCACCACGUAGUAGAUCACCAUCCUGUUAUCGAUGAACAUCAUCAUCACGACGAGCAUCACCACGAUGAGCAUCACCACGAUCCGGGGUAUUGGAAGAAGAAGGUGACCUGGAAGAAGGGCUGGAAGAAGAUCUGGAAACCGGCGAAGAAACAGAUCUGGAAGCCGUCCUGGAAGAAGUACUACAAGCCCAUCUGGGUCCCGGUUCAGGUCCCGGCGUGGAAGGAGAUAAAGGUGCCGGAUUGGAAGAAGAUUUGGAAGCCGGUCUGGAAGCAGAUUCAGGUGCCAGCAUGGAAGGAGAUCCAGGUGCCCGAUUGGAAGAAGAUCUGGAAACCGGUCUGGAAGCAGAUUCAGGUGCCGGCAUGGAAGGAAAUCCAGGUGCCGCAGUGGAAGAAGAUAUGGAAGCCCGUCUGGAAGGAAAUUCAGGUGCCCGCGUGGAAGGACUAUCAGGUGCCGGCGUGGAAGAAGCACUGGAUCCCGGAAUGGCACAAAGUCGGAAUUCCCGGUGAACAUUUCUUAGGAAAGGAUCAUCACGGCAACGAAUACACCGCGCACGAUGUCUGGAAGAAGAAGUUAGUGUGGAAGCCGAUCUGGAAGAAGUAUUGGAAGACUGAGAAGAAGCAAAUCUGGAUUCCGGACAAGAAGUUGGAAUGGAAGGAAGACUGGAAGCAGGAAUGGAAGACGGUCAAAAAGCAGAUCUGGGUGAGCGACAAGAAGUUGGAGUGGAAGGAAGCUUGGAAGCAGAUCUGGCGCACCGAGAAAAAGCAAAUUUGGGUUAGCGACAAGAAGCUGGAAUGGAAGGAAGCCUGGAAACAGAUCUGGCGGACCGAGAAGAAACAGAUUUGGGUCACAGACAAGAAGCUGAAAUGGAAGGAGGCUUGGAAGCAGAUUUGGGUGCCAGACUGGAAGCAGAUCUGGGUUCCUGGUUGGAAGGAAAUCUGGAAGCCUGUGAUUAUCCAGGAGUGGUUCCCUACGCCCGACCAUCACGACCAUCACCAUCACGAGGAGCAGCACGGCGGUGGAUGGGAUCGAAAGGGUUCUCCCGCUCAGCAGGGCGUCAAAACCAACGAAAUCUUCAAGCGAAACACCCAAGAACAAGUACAACAAACGACAAGCAACGUCCAACAACAACAGCAGAAACAGCUACAAUCAAAUUGGCAAUUUCCUUCGUAAUUGCGACUCCUCCAUCUUCCUUCCCCUCGUAACCCAAUUGUAAAUAAUAUUUUCCACCUAACU